GCUAGGUGGGUUUUAGGCCCCAAACUAGCCCAACCCGCUUCACAUCGUUGUAUCUUUCUCACGUCCUUAUUAUAAGUUACCACCACAUUACAUCUCCGAUUCCCUCUAGGUUUUUUUGCUUUUCCCCCAUUUUUACAGUCUGAUAACCUAAUUCGUUCGAAGAUGAAGGUGGUUACCGAUUGUUUCUGGGACGGGAAGGUUUUAACUCCCGGAUUCAGAUUUCAUCCGACGGACGAGGAGCUCGUGCUUUACUAUCUAAAGAAAAAGAUCUGCUCCAAACGACACCGUUUGGAUGUGAUCGGCGAUCUGGACGUUUACAAAUGUGACCCGGAGGAAUUGCCUGGGAUGUCAAAACUGAAAACAGGUGACAGACAAUGGUACUUCUUUAGUCCCAGGGAUAGAAAAUACCCGAAUCGAGCAAGGUCCAACCGAGCAACAAAACACGGGUACUGGAAAGCAACUGGAAAGGACCGAAUCAUCACGUGCAGUUCUCGUGCAGUUGGAUUAAAGAAGACCUUAGUUUUCUACAGAGGCCGUGCACCAAACGGGGACCGCACAGACUGGGUCAUGCAUGAAUAUACUAUGGAUGAAGACGAGCUGAAAAGGUGCAAAACUGUCAAGGAAUACUAUGCACUGUACAAGGUCUAUAAGAAGAGUGGCCCAGGUCCUAAAGUUGGGGAGGAAUAUGGUGCGCCCUUUAAUGAAGAGGAAUGGGAAGAUGAUGGGGACGAAACUCAGUGCAUUGUUGAGAAAGAGAAUCCUUUAAUGAAUGCUACUGCUAAUGAGGCCGUCCUUGUUGAUAAUAGCGGCAGAGUCAAUUGUCAUCUUGUGUCCUCAUUGGAGGAUGAUCUUGAGGAAAUGAUGAAAAGGAUGGCGGACGAGUUUAUCCCUCUUCAGACCCUAGUUGCUGAUGAAAACGGGUAUAAUUUGGGACAGUUCACGGGUGAGGUCGAGACUGUUAGUAACUCAGUUGACCAUUCUUGUAGAGAUUUUCCUUUACCCGUGAUGCAGCCUUCUUCACAGCCUUCAUGGCAGCAGCAGCUGAAUGGGGCAGCAGCUGCAGCAGCUAAUUUUGAUCUUACAGAGUCGGGAAUUGGUGGAUUAUUAUCCUUCAAGGAGCCACCCGAGAUCUUAUCAAACCCGGUUUUGAUAGGUACACGCGAAAUUGAAGAGGAUUUCAAUGAAGAUUUUUUUGAAAUGGAUGAUCUGAGUGACCCAGUUCUGACCUCACAAGGUACUGAUGAUCUUUUGUACAAUGAUCCUCAGAAGCUGUUGCUUGAUGGGUUUGACUUUUAUGAGGAUGCCCUUUGUGACCUGGGCCCACUCAACUCGAGGGAGGUUUCUCGACCCCAGAUGAGUAGUUUUGUUGACAAUGGAAGUCAGAACGUGAUCUCGAGGUCGCCGUUGAACAUUCUCGAGAACCCAAGAGCGAGUUACCUGAUGGAGCAAGAAUUUCAUGACCUGGAAGGGGUCGCUUAUCAAAUGUGGACAGAUAAGCAAAGUUGCAGUUUCUUAAGCGGUGCUGAGGCAAAUGAGGGACUCUUUCCUUCCCAAUCUUCAGGUCUAUUGCAUCAAAACCAAGAUAACGGUCUCGAAAAUCAAUUGAGUGGAGCAAAUGAAAAUGGGAGCCGGAAAGAGGAUGAUGGUGAAGACUCAUGGUUCUCGUCUGCUGUGUGGUCCUUUUUGGACACUAUACCAACAACUCCUGCUUCAGCUUCCGAGAAUGCAUUGGUAAAUAGGGCGUUUGAGCGAAUGUCGAACUUCGGUAAGGUAAGAAUAAAUGGCAGAAACAUGAAUGUUGCUGCAGGCAAUGCCUUGGCAACUACCAGAAGGUUGGCCAAGUUUAGAGUCAGUUUUAUCUGUUUGUCUUUAAUUGGAGUGUUGUGCGCUAUAUUAUGGGCGCUUGUUGGAAACAAUGUGAAAUUGGCGGUUUCAUAUUAUUAAAUAUUAAUAUGAAGUAUUUGACUAGUAUGUAGAUGGGAGUUUUGAUGUGGUGCUUGCUGAGAAUUUUACGGGCAAGUCUUCUUAACAGUUAGAAAAGUCUUUCUAAAUGUAUGUGUAUAUAUGUAUGUAUAUAUGAGUGAGUGCACUCUGCAGGUAGUGUGCACUAGGGUAAAUAAGUCAAAUAUUUUCUUGUCAAUUCGCUAUUCGUAUUCGGCAUUCAUGAUUCAUAUUCAUAAAAAAAUGAAUUCGAAUAAAAAU